AUGUUGAAACCUGCUGUGUCACACUCCGAAAAAGACCAAUUGGAGAUAAAUACGGCCUAUCGUAUCAAAGAGCAGAAUAUCUUUCAGCUCAAUAUGAAACUCCAAAAAUGGGAGAGACUAGAUUUAUCGGAUUCCUUCACUAGGAAUUUGAUUAUUGAAAUCAAUGCAGAUGAAUCAAAAAUGCAGAAGUUCAACGAAGAUGUUUUGAGAAACCAGUUUGAUCCAAGAAUCGUAAGUUUGUUUCUGAAAUCCAAGUUUCUCCCCAUGGCUGAUGCAUCAAAUCAACGUUUCACCCAACCAACAAAUACUCCGGUUGUAUUCGGAAAAAGUCCGGAGGAAGCAUCCGGAGGAAGAAGUUUCUCUCAGCUACAAAUCAUUCCUCCGCCAAUCCCUUCGGACAUACCAGCUCAAGAGAACAACUACACUAAGAAAUCGAAGGACUGUCCAGUCUUUUCAUUGAGCAAUCAUAUCCCACUGGAAACGUGUCAGAUCCCACCACAACAAAAUCGGGCGAUGCCACCACAAAACCAUCAGGUAGCCGCUCCGAGCAAUUUUAUGAGAUCAAAAAAUUGUUUGAUGCCAAAUCCACAAAACUGUUUGAUCCCACAACAAAACUGCCAGAUGCCGCCGACAUAUAACUGGCCGAUGCCACCACCACCUUCUAGGGCAGCACUGCAGAACAGUCCGGUUCAAUCACAAAACAACCAGAUGGUCCCUCCGAACAGUUCUUGGACAUCACAGAACAUUCAGAUCCCACCAGGAAAUGUUUCAAUGCCUUCGAAGAUUCCCCAACUGGCACCGUUCAACGUUAAUGCAUCAGAAACUCCCUUUCUGAUGCAGAAUCAGAAUUUUCCUAUGCCAUUUCAACAGAACUCGAUGUCCUCACCGUUCAAUCCAAGGGUCUUCCCAAACAGUGAGCUACCACCUAACAGUCCCAUGACAUCGGGAAAUCUCUCUGUGGUCCCUCCGAGAAAUCCGACGGUGCCUCAUCAGAACCUUCCAAUAACAUUUCAAACAUCUCACAUGGAACCGAGGAAUAUUUCGAUGGUAUUCCAAAACAAUCAUCCUAAAGCUCGAAACGUACCGAUGAUGCCACAGAACAAAAUCGUGGAACCUUCUCCUAUGGCCCCGUUUCACUUUAAAGGACCACCACCCAAUAUUCAAGCUCCGCAAGGAUUUCCGCCAAUUUUAUGUCAGACCUUCCAGGGACCACCACCAAGUAUUCAAGGUCCAGGAGGAUAUUCGACAAUACCGCCACCGAACAUUCAAAGUUCAGAAGGAUACUGGCCGACUCCACCACGAACAGUCCAGGGACCACCAUCAAUUAUUCAAGCUCCACUAGGAUUGUUGCCGAUUCCAUCACAGAACGUUCAGGGAACACCGCAUAAUUCUCAUGGACCACCACCAUAUUCCCAGAGGCAUACACACGGCUUCCCACAUGGACCCCCAAAAAAUCAAAAUCAUGGGAACGGGAAUGAACCGCAAUCAAUGAGACGCUCGAUUCCGGUGGUGAAAGUUUUGGCUCCCCAUUCGAAACCUAAUGUCGACGACAUAAUGAAAAUCGACACUCCAUCAACGACAUCUUCUAACGAUACUGUACCAGAUUGGGAUAUCAUAACACGAUUUUUCAGCAACCACGGAGACGUAACUGCUAACUUGAUGGAUACUCAGAAAGCAAGAAAUUUGAACCAACAAGAAAUUCACAAGAACGAGCAGGAUUUUUUAACAGAUCCAAUACCAGAAGUGCCAGUUGGUGAGCCAUCAGUUUGCGAGAGACAUGAUGCCAAAACUGAAAGUGCUUCGAUUCCUUUGGAGGUGGUUUCUACACAAUCAAAGAACAAGACGGAUCGAAACCCAGACAACCUGGCUCAAUUGCCAAUCACUACUGAAGUGUCUUUUCUGGUUGACACCACAGUCGAAAUUACUGACUCUGAGCAUGAGCCGAAGAGCAUCCUCACUCCAGAAGCUGACGAGCCGACUCUUCCAAGAAAAGAAACGGUGAAGGACGAUGUGGCCACCUCGAUCGUUCCAGUAACGUUGUCUGAAAGUGAUGUAUUUCAAAACAGUCCACGCUUGUGCAAGAAUCUCCAUGCAAAGCCAACAGCCGCUGACAGGGGAGUGAUGGGAAAGAAGGAGCAUGCAAAACCAGACACCUCCAAAUGUAAGGGGAAGAAAAAUAGAAAUGGUCACAAGGCACCAUCUCCCUCACCAAAGCCGUCCAUGACAUCACGAUAUGCGAUUUCUGGAUCUCCUACCAAACCAAACAUCUCUUCGCAAGUUGAGAAAAAACCAGAGAACGUUGAGCACAAGAAAGUCAUCACUGCAAUCAUCAUCAACGCUCCUGCUUUGAAAAUUGAAUCGAACAAGCAGAAUGAUGUUAACGGCUCAGAAACUCUCAAAACUAAGCCAGAGGACGAGCCAUCUUGCAGCCUUCAGCCUGAAGAAAAUAAUGGCAAAAAGAAGAAUAAGAAAGCAAAGAAGACAAAAUCUGGCAAGGAAACAAACGUGGAGGAAGAUUUUGAUGAGUUACUGAAGAGAUUCCAACUUGAAGAUGAGAAGAACAAGAUUUCUGAUGGAGAUACUAAAACGAAGAGUGCUCCCAAGACCACGAAACGGAGAACCAUCAAACAGUAUCGCCAAGAAAAAGCUGAAGCAGAAGCAGAAGCAGCGAAAGCAGCUGAAAAAGCAGCAUCUCCCAUCGAACCAGCCAUCCAGACAUUGGAAGAUCUAUAUGAGUUUGAAAAUUUUGAUGAAGAGUAUUGUGUUGUUACUGACAUACAAAAUAUUCACUACCCCACGGAUCUUCCAGCAAUUCCUGAAGAAGUUGUCACAAGAGUGCAAAAACAAAUAGAAGAAUUUGUGGCAGAUGUGAAGGAAUGUAUUCGAGAAGGCAAUCGUUUGCCUUACUGGCCGGAUCUGGAAUUCAAAUUGGAGGACAGUUUGGAUUUGGAGAAAGUUAAUCAGGAUGUCCUCGAUUUCUUCAGCAGUAAAUUUAGCGAUCUUCGACGCUCCGACACCCCAUGGGCACAAUUUCGAAGAUUGUUUUACUCCGAACUGGUUAAGGCCUUUGUGCCCCAAAUCUGGCCAGUUUUUGCAGUAUUGUUGGAAAAAGGAAAAAAUGGGAGCCUGAAUUUUAUGAGAGAAAUGUCAAUUAUCAGCAAAAUUUGCAAUACGAAGGAAAAUAAAAAUUUAGACCGUAUAACCUAUUUUUCAUUCUAG